UGUUAGUCUGCGCUGUGUUUAUUGUUAAGGUUGUGUGGAUUAGCACUGCGGUACCCAGCUCCUUUUCAAAAUAUCAACAAUAUAGCUUUAAAAUGAGUUAAAGAUGGCCGACUUGGCCUGAGCUAUCCACUUGGGAUGACAGCUGGUGUUUCCAGUAGCUGUCAGGGAAGGAAUUCAUCAAAGACAUUAAAACAACAAUGAAUGAAGGAAAGGUGAAGAAAAUAACCAUGAUACUGUCCCAAAAGUGAUCCACACUUCUAUCCAAGGAAUACCCUCAUCUGCCACGAGUUUCCUUCUGGUAAUGGCUAACUCAGUGGCCACUUUAGUGGUCCAAGCAGAACUUUUACCACCUCAGUCCACCGCCUCCCUCUCUCCGUUCCCAUCCCUUCUUGGCUCAGGAGAGGAUGGCGAGGACGAUAGGGAGAGGGGGGAGCUGGUGGAUCGAGACAAGGGUGUUGUGGAGGGCGGAGAGGAGGUGGUUCUGGACAUGGUGACAUCUUCAGUGUCAGGCCCGGCCCAGCAGCCCGAGCAAUUGGACCAUCCGUUUCAGUGUUUGGACUGUGGCAAGAGCUUCAGGUGGUCGUCCCGGCUCACCCACCACCAGAGGAGCCACAACAAUGAAAGACCCUACCGCUGCAACCUCUGCCCCAAGGCCUUCAAAGGCUCCUCUGCUUUGCUCUACCAUCAACGGUCUCACUCAGGGGAGAAGCCUUACGAAUGUAAGGACUGUGGCAAAGCCUUCAAACGCUCAUCUCUGCUCCAGGUUCAUCAGAGUGUCCACACUGGAGUGCGUACUUUUUUGUGCCCCUAUUGUCCCCUGACCUUUAAAUGGAGUUCUCAUUACCAGUAUCACCUGCGCCAGCACACUGGAGAGUGCCCAUACCCCUGUGACACUUGCCCCAAGGCCUUUAAGAACUCAAGCAGUCUAAGACGACACAAGAAUGUCCAUCUCGGUCUUAAGCCUUACACCUGCACGGUGUGCAACAAAUCCUUCACUCAGUCUACCAACCUGAGGCAGCACAUGAGAAUACAUACAGGCGAGAGGCCCUAUGUCUGCAGUGUGUGUGGUCGCAGCUUCACACACUCAUCAAACCUGGCCCUGCACAAGAACUCUCACUCCAACCUCAAUGCAGGAGGGAAGGAAGGAAAGAGGGGAGAGGAUCCACAGAACAGAAAUGAUAUAGUGGAGGUGGUGGUAGGGGCAGAGGAAGUGACAUCGUCCAUGUUGACAGACAUGGUGGGUUUUGUGAGCCAGGCAGGAACUGAUGGAGUAGGGGUGGGGAUGGAGGAAGUCUUCCUGUCAACCACCUCAUCUGGCCAGAAUCCAAACCUUCUCCCCCAACUCACCCUCACUUCCUCUGGGGAGAAUGUUUGUGCAUCCAGGGCCAUUGGGACAGAGGUUCACCUGAGCAUGGACACCGGGGCCAGCGUACUGCUUUACAGCUGUGGCAGCUGCAGCCACACCUUUGGCACACGAACAGAGCUAGAGGAGCAUCAAGCCAUCCACAUGGCUCCAGAAGAACACAGGGUCAGUGGGGAAGCAGGGCCUGGGGCAGGGAUGGAGGUUGGGGAUGGGCUGGUGGGAGCCAGCCACCUGCUGGCAGACUUUGAGGAAGUGGUGGAGACGACCACAGUUGCUGAAAGUGGACACACAACAGAGGUGCUCCUCGGACUGACAGAGGGAGCAGAUGGAGGCAAUGCAAAUGUGGGCACCACCCAGGCCCAGUUUGACCUGCUGCAGAGCUUCACUGAGGUGACUCAGAGCUCUGAGUCCGUUCAGCCAGAGGCCAGAACCACAUGGGCAGGGCUGUCGUGUGGCUACUGCAAUAAGACCUUCAAGACCAGUGGAGGCCUUAAUAGACAUGUAUCACUGAUGCACUCUCUCUCAUCCCAGUCACGUUCCCAGUUCAGCUGCUCCGCCUGUGACCGUUCCUUUCCCCUUCUCUCUUCAUUGCUCACCCACCAACACUCACACACCCCUGAGCAACGUCUCCUGGCCGAGGCAGAGGCCGAGAUAGUAUGUCCUCCUUCCCUUUCCUUGUCUCUCCCGCUUCCAUCUUCUCCCAGUCAGGCUGAUAAGCAGCAGGAAGGACAAAGGAAGAUCCAUGUUGACAUCAUAACCAUCAAUGAAGAGCACGAGGAGCAGCCGACCAAACCUGCCAAAGCCACUAAAAAGACAGGGGCUAACAAGAGCACUCCUGCUGGAGAGAGGCCAUAUCGCUGUUCAGAGUGUGGAAAAGCUUUUAAAGGUUCAUCUGGUCUUAAGUACCACAUGAGGGAUCAUACUGGGGAAAGGCCUUACCGUUGCACUGAGUGUGGAAAGAGCUUCAAGAGGUCCUCUCUGCUCUCUAUCCACCAGAGGGUACACACAGGCGUACGGGCCUUCCAGUGCCCUCACUGCCCUCUCACAUUCAAAUGGAGUUCUCACUACCAGUACCACUUGCGGCAGCACACAGGCGAGAGGCCUUAUGUGUGUAAGGAGUGUGGCAAGUCCUUCAAGAACACCAGCUGCCUGCGUAGACACAGUCAGAUGCACUCAGGACUGCGGCCACAUACCUGCUCCAUUUGCUCCAAGUCUUUCUCCCAGACGUCAAACCUCAAACAGCAUGAACGCACCCAUUCUGGUGAGAGACCCUUUCAGUGCACACAUUGCAAUAAAAGCUUUACCCACUCCUCCAACCUCCAGCUCCACCUUCGCACACACUCCUCACGCAAGGACUUCAAAUGCCCGUACUGCUCAAAAGAGUUUGUCAUGCACUCCUACUUGCAGAGGCACAUUAGAACCCAUGGCAGUGGUGUUCCCCUGCCCUGCCCUGGUGGUGGAGGUAAAGACGGUGUGGCUGUAAAAGCCAGUGUUGGAGGAGUAACCACCACCACAACUCUGCUCAACCCCAUCACCCUGGAAGCCUCAGGAAACAGUGGCAGCCUGAUUGUGUCCCAACCAGCACUUAAUAUUCCCCCUAACACCUCCCAGAACUACUUCAUGAUUCAGACAGCCAGCGGCCUGCAGCUCAUUCCUCUAACAUCCCCUCCACCUGCGCCCCUACCUCCUCCACCACCACCUCCGUCCCAGCCCCAAAACUUCCUUCUCCUCCAGUGCCCUUCCACCAACGGCAGCCAAUCAAGCUUGAUUCUCGUCCCUACAGCAAACAACCCUCCACCUGCCCCAGAACCUCAGACUCUCCCUGUGCUUCAGACUCUCCAAGCACUGCAGCCUGUCCGAAACCAAACACAGACUCCCAUGCCCCAGUUUUCAACUGUGUCACAGCAACAACAGCAAACCAGGAUCAUAAUCACCAACAAUAGUAACAAUGCAAACACUCCUGUUGCCACGCCAACACACACACUCUCAGCCAACUCUCUACUGACCAAGCCCAUACUAGGGAAAAGCACACGGACAGCAAGGGGCAGACGGGGACGCAAACCAAAAACUACUCUUCAGAAAUCUGUAACAGGUCUUGUUAGUCAGACUACAGGCAGAGAUGUAUCAGUGACAAACUGUAAUGUAACCAAUGUCACAGAGAGGCAGAGUAUUACUGUUGCUAACACCACCACUGAAUCACUACCAUCAACUGUAUCCACAGCAUCCCACUGUCCCCUGUCAGUAUCUUGCACUACUGUCCCAAAUCUGUCAACUUCCACCACUGUAGCCCCAGCAGUGGAUACCUCAGGAUCCCCAUUAUCUGUUACCAUGGUUACACCAGCCACCACAACAGCCACAGCAUCAGUUUCUACUCUUGCUACCCAUGAAGGGAAACCGCCAACCACUCUGGAGGAAGUAAGGACAGGAGAGUCCAUGACAGGAAAACAGUUUGUUUUAUGUUUUGAUAAUGAAGAACAGGCGAAGGAGGGAAUGAAUAUUGGGGAGGGUGGAGAGUCAUAUGUGUUGCAGUUUGAAGGAGAUGCAUCAGGAGAGGCAGUGGAUGGAGGAAUGGGUGGAGAGGGAAAAUCACUUGUGUUGCAGUUCAAGACCAAUGGACAAGGAGAGGGAGAAAAAGGGGGAGAUAAAGGAGGGAUGAUGUCACUUCUGCGUGACUGGGGUGGAGAAAAGCAGGGUGAGAGACAGACAGGAGAGGAUGGCAGCCAGGGAGAGUCCUAUGUCCUUCAUUUCCACACUGAAGCGCAGGACAAUAGUGGUCCAUCCAGUGCUACCUUCAGCCAAGGGCAAGACAACAGCCUGCAGCUUUCCUGCACACCUACCCAAGGUUUGGUGCCCCUUGAUGGGCAGGAGGUGGUGUUUGAACUGAGUGGUGGUGGUGAGACCAAGAUAGAGCAGGAAACUGAGGAGGGUAUGCAGAUGAUAGCCCUGAUUGAAGGUGAAGGGGGAAUGAUGGGAGAAGGAGGGGCAGGUUGCAGUGCUGCAAACGGUAGGAUUACUGAGGGUGGAGGAGCCAUGGAAAGUAUCUUUCAACUAGAAGGAGGAGAGGAAAUUGUCAUAAUCGAGGUCAGCACCAGUAGCUUAAGAGAGGGAAGGAUAGAGAGAGGAGUGGAGGGGGAAAUCUCACAGACUAGUGAAGUGAAAUACGAGAGUGGAACAGCAGAGGCAAAGGAAAAGUCUGUAAAAGAACACAACUCUACGAACAGUUCAGAGUUACAAACAUCAACUGAAGAUACAGUGAGAAAUGGACAUAUGCCUAACUCUAAAGAGAUGCAGUUCUCUAACUAAAUGAACUCUGCAUGUGUGCUUGAGAAGAAGAAACUGUAUGUGUGAAUGAAUGCCUCACUAUUUGUGGGCUUGGUGUGUUAGCACUUUAGUCAGUUUGAGGUGUCCUGGAACUGAGCAAGAACAUGCAGUUAGAUGAGUACUGUGUUGUAAUGCCAUGGUGCCACAUACUAGAAAUGUUAUACAUUCAAAUAGGCUGUACAUGGACCUUGGAAUAUUCCUAAAUAUAUUAGUUUAAAUGAUACUGUCAUUGGCAGUUUAUUAAGUAAAUACAUUUUUGUGAAUACAUGUACAUGGUCCACUUUCUUCAUAGUGUUAAUAGUAAUAAUUAAGAUAAUUAUUAAU